UGAACGAAAAAAACAGUAUUGGCAGAAUUGUCAGCUGGAGGUGUAUAAAAAUAGUUAAGAGAGUGCUGGUGCAAAUUGUGUAAAAUUUAGCAAUUUAAGGAAAAGUUUUCAACUUUAAAAGUAGUGAUCUGAUUGAGUAUACAACUAAGACAAUAAACUAUCGACGAAUGAUGUGUAACAAUCUGGACUCCAAAGUGCAAGCCUAAAGAAUACGACUAAAUGAAAAGUGCGUAAAAAAACUGUAAAAGAAUUAAACACUUAAGAAAUUAAAUACGUAUAUAUGUAGGUAUUUAAAUGAGAGUAAAUCGAUGCAAUUUUCUAAGUGAUUUUACGAAAAUUUUGUGCAAAGAACACGUCUAAUUAACAAUUCAGCAAAAAUUAUCAAUUGUGCAAUUUCAACACCAACAAUAAGAAGAAUUGGCAGAACUUAUACGAGAAAACACUUCCUGAGAAAUCGGUCGCUGUAGCUGUUGUUUUGUCGGGGUCACCAAUACAUCGCACCGGUUUCUCAUUGUAGUUGCGAACGUCAACAGCGGGAUUGCAUAGUAACAUAACGGCAACAAGGGGCAAAACAGAGAGGUGUGCGCGCUGUCUGUCAUCCUUUUCCUCGGCACAUCUGCCCACGCUCUACGCCGACAGGACGAACAUUUGGCUGCAUAAAUCAGCAGGACUUAACAUUCGGUGUAGAAGAGGAUUAAACUGAAUAAGGCAGUAAGAUGUCAUCCCCCAGUGCUGGCAAGCGACGCAUGGACAAUGACGUUAUUAAACUAAUCGAAUCCAAACACGAAGUAACCAUAUUGGGUGGCCUAAAUGAGUUUCAUGUGAAAUUCUUCGGACCGCAUGGGACACCGUACGAGGGUGGCGUAUGGAAGGUGCGAGUCUACCUGCCAGACAAUUAUCCCUUCAAAUCGCCAAGCAUAGGGUUCGUGAAUAAAAUCUACCAUCCGAACAUCGACGAAUCAUCGGGCACAGUUUGUUUGGAUGUAAUCAAUCAGGCCUGGACAGCGCUGUAUGAUCUCUCGAAUAUUUUCGAAUCGUUUCUACCACAAUUGCUGACAUAUCCGAAUCCAGUGGAUCCGCUGAAUCGGGACGCAGCGGCGCUGUACUUACACGAACCGGAGGAGUAUCAUCGCAAAGUGGCCGAUUAUGUGCAACGCUAUGCCACCGAGGAGGCGCUGCGUGCGGCGCAACAAGAGCGAGAGAGCAGCGAUAGCGAGUCGAGCAUGUCGGACUAUAGUGAAGACGAGGCCCGAGAUAUGGAGUUAUAAUAUCGGUUUAUGGUUAAGCUAAUUAUAUGAAUUUGAAUUACAUUUAAAUACACAAAUUACAUAUACACGCUCACACACAUACUACCUACUACGUAAUCUUAAACGUGCAUACAACAAGCAUACAUAAAAACACACACACACAUGCAUACUACAAUCCUACCUAAUAAAAGGGAAGCAAAGCAAAGAAGUAAAAAGAAUACAAACAAAAAAAUGGAUUAUGAGGAGAAGAAGAGAAAUGGAGAACUUGAAGACGACAGUUAAACGAUACGAUAAAGCAAAAAGUAAGCGCAAGUCAUGUGUAUAUGUGACCACACAUACAUACAUAUAAAUAUAUAUAUAUAUAUAAUUAAGCAAGAUUGCGACGCGACGCCGCCAUACGGGCAACUUGCAUUGCUGCAUAGCGACAACAACAACAACAAUAACAGCAACAGCACGUCAUUGCAACACUCAAUGUUGUUGCCACAUACAUACAUGCACACACACAUAUAAACAAAUAAACCGAAGACAGCACUAGAAUGCCUCGCCAGUCAGAGGAAGGCCAAUGCCAAUGUCAGGCUGGAUGGCAACAGCAGCAAUAACAAUAGCAGAAGCAGCUGCAAAAUGUCAAAAUCAAAACUAAGCAGUGCAGUGCCCAAAAUAGAGCAGUGCAGCAAACGAAGUGGAAAUGCUGCUACAACAACAACACCAACAACAACAACAACAACAACAACAACAACAAGUGGAAAUGCAGCGAAGCAGCGCAUGAUCCUUUUCAUGGCCAACAGCAAAAGGAAAAGCAAGCCAUUUCUACCACCCAACAACAAUAACUAUAGCAACAACAACAAGAGCUUCAACAUUUAUUCACCACAGCCGCAAGUUAUUUGUGCAAUAAACCAACAAACGAGCGCAACGGCGAACAGAGAGCAGCAACAACAGCGGCAAUAGCAACAGCAGCAACAAAAGCAACAGCAGCAACAAAAGCAACAGCAGCAACAAAAGUAACAGCAGCAACAAAAGCAACAGCAGCAGCAGAUGCAGAAGCUAACUGUCGCCACCAAUAUCACCAAUAGCAGUAAAUGCAGCAGCAGCAAUAGCAGCAGCACAGAAAGCGCCGCUGCCACACAACUAUCUACCAUCACAUGACGCACACGGCGAAAAAUAUGAUUUAUGUAAAAUUUUUAUUCAAUUCAUUUGUGGUAAAUUUAAGCGCAUUUGGAAUAUUGGCAAAUUUUUUAAUUUUAAGCUCUGAUCUUUUGUAGCUUUUAAGUCGCCAUUCAAAACAUUCAUAUUAAUAUUUUUUUUUUUUGUAAUUUAGUAAAUUUUUGCAUAUUCAAUUUGGUCAAUGUUUGUAAAAGCAGCGUGAAAAAAAGAAUAACAACAAAUUUUAACCAAAUAUAUGCAUACAUUUAUUCUAGGUCUUUUUGAAAUAGACAAACAAAAAAAUUAAAAAGAAAAUUAAACAAAAUAGCAUCAAUUCGUUUUGCGUUUAUUUAUGAUUUUUUUUUAUCAUUUUUUAUCUGCUAUGCAGGAGUAUUCAAAUUCUGUCGCAGUGGAAUUGUGCAAUGCGCCUAUAUUGAAAAAAUGGUCGCCAAAACAUUGAAAGUUUGAUAGCGAACAGGCAAACUCUUGUAAUUUUUGUAAUAAAAUUCUAUAAAUUAAAUUUCGUAUUGAUUUAAGAUUUUGAAAUUUAGAUUUCUUUGGUGGACAAAGCUUUUUAAAAUUUUUAUUUUCUUAGAAUUUCGUUUAUUCAUUUGAUAUCAACUCUGUGUUGCGAAUUAAAAAAAUUUUUCAAAAAAAAAAAAAACUCAAAUCUCUAAAAAGAGGUAAAGUAUUGCUUAACCACUCGCAAGUGCGUAGGUUCGAAGCGCCAAUUCUUCAUUUUUAUUGCUUAAAUAAGUAUGUACAUGUGUACAUAGGUAUUUAUUUUGUAAAAUCCAAUCCAUUUCAAAAAUAUUGGAGUGCUGAGAAACCAAAAAUUCCGCACGCUUUAUCAUUUUUGCUGGACGUGAAUGUUUAGAGGCGCACAAUUCACGUAUAUAUUUCUUACAACUACGAGUUUCAGUAUAGCAAUUAGAGUUCUCAUAUUUUUUUCUCUUUUUUUCAAAUAAAGGAUUAUCAAUUUAGAGGUAUCGGAUUUUAAAUUAAAAUAAAACAACGAAAAUUCAAAUUGAUUGGGCAACCUUUUUAUUUUUGUGUGGAACUAUUCAUGACAUUUAUUGUUUGGAGAUAAUCCCUUUCAAAUGUUAGCCGCAACGGCGCCGUAAUUCGGUCAUCCGUAAACACCAAAUUUUACUGACUCGCUGGAGGACUUCGAACGGUCGGUCGAUAUCUCGUGAAUAACUUUAGUAAUGUUGGCUUCCAAUACCUCAAUUGAAGCUGGUUUACCCACAAAGCAUUUAGACUUUACAUACCCCCACAUAUAGAAGUCCGAAAGUGUGAUAUCUCACGAUCUUGGUAACCAAAUCACUGGUGCGAGCCGAAACGAUGACGCAGUAAAUCCAUUGUUUGACGGGCUACAUAGUAAGUAGUGCCAUCUUGUUAGAACAAGGAGAUUGUGGCACAAAAACGCCGUUUAUCAUGGUGUGAUAGCGUUCGCUAUUCACUGUUACAUUGGCAUCACUCUCGACUUUGAAGAAAUAUGGGCCGAUGAUUCCUCCAGCUCAUAGGUCGCACCAAACGGUUGUUUUUAAUGGAUGUAAUGACUGUUCUUGAUUGGCUACAGGUUGCUCUUCAGCUCAAAUACGGCAAUUCUGCUUACUGAUGUAGCCAUUAAACCUAAAGUGGACCUUAUCGCUGAACAAAAUUUGGGUACCAAAAUGUGGAUUUGAGGCGAGUUUUUCAAGAGCCUAACGACUGAAAUUAUGACACUUUGGAAGAUCGGCCGGCUUCAAAUCUUAAAUUAACUCUAUUUUGUACGCUUUCAAACAAAGAUCUUUGCGUAAAAUCGCCUAAGUAGUGCCAUAAGAUAGACCAAGUUGUUGAGAUCGGCGCCGAAUCUAUUCUUUCAUGUUUUCGGCAAAACUCUCAUUAACAGCCGCAAUAUUGGGCUUCUUCGAGGCACGUAAUAAAAACGGCAAUACUGCUGCACUGAUGACAAUUUGCAACACUGUUGCAGUUGCUCAACUGAUACUUUUCUGAUGUUCUGCAAACAACAAAUUUUUGAUUCCUGUUUCUUUGUAUUCGCGUGCAACAUUUGCCGAAUUUUGGACACUUCGAACGUGAUGCUUUUGACAAUGUUGCCAGAAUUUUACAUCGAACGUGAUACUUUCACAAAUCAUGUGACACUGCGGUAGUGAUUGAAGCUCGAACAAGCCCAUUCUCUUCAUGCACACUGUACGUGGUCUAAUCGGUCGAGUAUCAUCCAAUAAUGUAAAAUUGUUCUCAAUUUUGCCGAUGGUUUGCCGGCUAUGUACACCAUAAGUCACAGAGCGUCAAUUUUCGUAACACAAUUUUACGAUUUGUAAACGUUGUUGAGGCGUAAAUCUUUCCAUGAUGAAAUGUCUAUGAAUACUAAAAAAAUUAUGUAUUUAGUUUUGGCAGUAGUCACGCGCGAUCUGUCGAAAAAAUACUAUUGGAAAAAGUACCUCUGAUCACCUUUUUUUAUUACAUAUUUUGAAAGGGCAAUAUUAUUGUACUAAGAUCUAGGGAGAAGCAACACCUUAUAAAACAUGCAUCGUUAUACCAUUUCUUCUAUUAACUCGCGAAAAAUGUUUCACGACUUUCAAAGUGACAAAUAACAAUUUACCGAAAUAUUUCUAUAAAAAGUAUAUAAAAAUAAUAUUAAAUAUUUGUAUACGUGGUUUUGCUAUUCAUGAAAUUUGUUUCAUGUCCGACAACAUCUAAAGUAGCAGCUGCAAUUUCCGGUUCGUUUCAGUACUAAAACACAAAAGAAAUAAAAUUGGAGCCAAUUGUUUCGUGGAGUAGGGAAGGAACAUCGCGCGCUAGUUUUGUUAGAGAAAUUGACUUGUGAGUACAGCUUCUCUUUGUUUUUAACGAUAUCUGAUGCUGUAUUCGUCGAAAACUGUUAAAUGAGAAAAUAUUGGGCCCGAAAAUGGGUGUGUUCGAGCCGCUCAAUAAUUACCGCAAUACCGCAAACCUGUUGCUUUAUUGAUACUCUGUUGCUGAUACUCAGCUGAUAGUGUGCAGCAAUAUUGCAGACUUUAUUUUGCGUCAAACGUGUUAUUUAAAAAAAUGGAAGUUUUAUCAUUUUUGAUAGCAGAUGAGCUAAUGGAAAGGGGUGGGGAUAGUUUUUUAAGAAACAUGGAGAAAAACAGGAGGAAACGUUAUUUAAUUCAUAACAAUUCAUUAAAUUAUUUUAUUUUAUUUUAUAUUAAUAAAAAAGCGAAUAAGAAAACAUUUCAUUUAGGUACAUAUUAUCAUUUUAAUGAUAUAAAAAAACUAAAUGCUGAAGUCUGUAAAAAUACUAACUGAGUGAGAUCACUUUUUUCAGAUACUAAGAUCACUUUUUUCAGAUACCAAGUUCACUUGUUGACAAACUUAUCUAACACUUCUCUGAGCUCCAUCAUUCUUGAAACUUUUUCUCUCUCUAUUUGAAGCCUUUCUUUUUCCAAUGCCAUCGCUUCAUUGUGCCUUAUUUUUUCCUCACGAGCCUCUUUUUUGAAAACUCCAGUAACUCGCUGGCUGGUAUUUUUCGUUUUUUAUUAGGACUAUUUGCCUUGUUUUCAUAUUCAUUCCUAGUAGCAUUACCAUCGGAGUCAGUCUCGGAGUUAUGAUUCUCGUCUGGAGAUCUUUGAUAUUCUCCAUCAUCCUGUACACUUUUGCUGCUUGAAAUGUUUAGGGAACUCUGCAAAUUUUGAGAUGGAGGAGAAAUGGAAUGUCUUGUACCAUAAAUCUUGUCGAAAUCAUUAAAAAAUUCCCAAGUGGUUGCAUCUCUUCCUGUAGAAUUGUUCCUCUUUUUUAUUCUUUUAUAUGUUGCGUACAUGUUUAAAAAUUUUCGUUGCAACUGAUCUCUUGUAGCGCUAAGAUCUGGAGCAUCGGUUUUCAUUUUGUCCAGUACAUUGCCCCAAAGGACCGAUUUCUUCCUCCUCCCGCUACCAAAUGCAUUUUCCAUGUCCACUCGAGUUCUGACCAGUAAUUUGGUUUCCACAACGCUUAAUUUUAUGCUAAAAACAAAUAAUUAACAAUAUUACAACAUAAAAAUAACAUAUAACACAAAAUUUACUUACUUUUCCUCCUCUAUCUCGAUUGCGCAUUGAAAAUUUGUAUGUUGCGCUUGAUUAGCUAGUGAUGAGCAACAGAUUGUCAACAUUUCGCUAAACGAACGCGUGACGUUGCCAGUGUUGUCGAAAUUUUAUCGAAGAACGUCAUGCUCUGUCAUAAAAAGUAACACUGCCGCAACAUUUGUGGCUCGAACACACCCAAUAUGUUUCACAAACCUUAGGUCAGCAACAUGCUCUUGUCGUAUAAAUAAUGCUUGAUUUGCAUGGGCAUCUUAUAGGCGCAACACAUACCCAGCCAUUUAGGUAAUACUUCUAUGUUGGCAGUACCAAAACAAGCAGUCAGCAAACAUUCUGUUGUCACAUAUAUUCACAGUUGCUAAUACAUGAAGAACCUGCGCAUGCGUAAAAUAUAUAUUUUUAUCUAAACUAUGCACCUUUGAUUGCUGAAUCCAAGCCAUUGCGCAGAUAGGAUAAUGCCCAUAUAGGAGUAUUCAAUAUAUUUGUACAGCUACGUUUGGUACAUUUGGUUAUAAAAAUGUAGGCAAGGGUAUCCUGUUGUCAACAUUAAUAAAAUAAUGCAAAAAAUAUCCGGCCAAGCAUUGUCACUCCAGCUACAUUCCCUGUACCUGUACUGGGAAUGUUCAUGCGGCCACAAUAAGAACAAUAAAAUCUUUAACGUCACAAAUUUAUUUAUAUUAUAUAUUAUAUAUUUUAUAUAAUUUUUUUAUUAUUUUUUUUUUUUUUUAUUUUUUUUAUAAUUUUUGUGUAGCAAUUUUUUUAUAAUUUUUUUUUGUAAUUGUUUUUUAUAAUUUUUUUUGAUAAUUUUUGUCUUGUAAUUUUUUUAAAUAUUUUGUUAUUAUUAUUUCUUUUAUACAUAUUUUUUAUAUUUAUUUUUAUAAUUUUUUUUAAUAAUUUUUUCUUUUUGUAUUUUUUAUUUAUUAAAACUUUUUUUUUAAAUUUUUUUUUAUAUAAAAAAUUUAAUUUUUUUAAUUUUUUAAAAAAAUUAUUUUUUUUUUUAACUUUUAUAUUUUUUUAAUAAACUUACAGGCUUACCGCGUAUAAUAAAAAUUAGCGAAAAAUUGUUUUUCUUGAUUUUUUAUGUGCCAACUUGAAAUGCAAAAUGCAAAUUCUAUAUAAUUUCAUUAAUGGAGUUUAGGCAUCAUGAAUCAACUCCUAUUAAAACCUUAACUGUUUCUUACUAUUUCCAUUUGUGGAUAAUCAUAAAGACGUGCGCCACAAAUUUAUUUAUUUUAUAUAAUUUUUUUUUAAUAAAUUUUUUUAUAAUUUUUUUAUAAUUAUUUUUAUAAUUUUUUUUUAUAAUUGUUUUUUAAUACAUUUUUUUUAUACUUGUUUUUUGAUAAUGUUUGUUUUAUAAUAUCUUUUUUAUAACUUUUUUUUAUAAUUUGUUUUCUUAUAUAUUUCGUUUUUAUAAUUUUUCUUAUACUGUUUUUUAAUAAUUUUUUUUUCUAAUUUUUUUUUUAUAUUUUUCUUUUUUAUAAUUUUUUUUUCUAAUUUUUUUUUUCCAAUUUUUUUUUUUUUUAUAUAUUUCUUUUUUAUACUUUUUUAUUUAUUUCUUACUAAACAGCCCCACACGCCCCUCACACGCAUAAACAGCAGCCACACCCACCAAACAACGAGUCAAUGUAAAAUAUGUAAUUAGUAAAAGUAAAAAUGUUUAAAAAAAUCAGCUGCCCAACUCCAAAAUUUGCGCUUGUAAUUUAAAAAAGUAAAGUAUUUUUUCAAAUUUUUAAAAUAUUUUUUCAUUAUUUCAACAUUUCUUACAUAUCUACACACAAAAGCUAUGCAAUAAUGUUGCUGUCACUUAGUUACACGAAAAACAAAAACAAGAGAACACGAAAAACAAAACUGGCAGACAGCCAAAAAACAAAAAAUACAAAAAAUGGCGAUGAAGGUGACUCCUUUAGCGUCAAGCGAUUUAUUAUAAGAAUUUUAUUAUUAACAAUACUAUUAUUAAAUACUUAUAUAUAAAUUGUAUACUUAUUUUAAUUAAAUUGAAUUAAUAUUACAGUAAUGAGACAUAAACAAGCAUAAAUAAUUAUGUAUUUACAUCUGUAAGCGUAAGGAACUUAAGCAACGUUAUAAAAUACCGAAAAAUCAUUUGAAAACAGAACAACCAAGAGAGGAGUAUUUUUAUUUAUGUAACACAGAUCAAACAACAAAAGCAAAAAAAAAAAAAAACAAUAACAAAAAACAAUUUACUUAACAAAAUCUUUAAAUAAACCAGUUAUUUACAGUUGGUCAAGCCGCGAAUUUUGUUAAAGCGGAACAUUUCAAUUGCAUCAGCAUUCAAAUAGAGAGUGAAAAAUAUAAAUAUGAAAAUAGUGAAAAAAAUAGUGAUUGCAUUAACUUUCAAUUUUAUUGACGAUUCAUUGUGUAUUGCAUGUAGGUAUUACAAAUACAGCCAACCACAAAUACAAAGAGACAGCAGCCACGAAAACGAAAAAAACCACAAUAAUAAAUAACAAAGCAACAAAAAUACACAGAAACACAACAAAGCGUAACAGCAAAAGAAGGAAAAAAAAAACACAAAUGCAGAUGAAAAUAAAUUUACAAAUUAAG